GGUCUAUCCAGAACAUACAUGCCGCAGCAAUCGGGAUGGAUGUCUCAUACUUUAUGCAUUGCAGUAAGGUGAAGUUGGGCCAAAACCUAUAUGUGGAGGCCCUGUUGGAUGCGGAAAAGGUCAUUGAGCUCAACUCUUCAUCUCACCUUGGAUACGAAUUGAAGUAUGCGGCGCUUCGUAGAGCACAGCGCUACGAUGAUGCGUCCGAGGCCUUCACAAUCAUGCUCUCCAAGUUGGACAAUGCACCGGACCCACAGAUACGGCAGCUACGCCAGCAAUACGUCAGUCCAUCUGAAGUAAAAGAUGCUACUCGACGAGCCAUUGACGCUCAACUGGAAAACGCUCCACUUCGUCUAAUCAACACCAUCACUGGGCAUAUAUGUGAUCGAAAUGCACAGUUCAACACAUUUACGGAGAGUACAGAGUACAAAGAGCUUUCGCAUUCAUUGGUGAUGCAUGUACCCCUCCAAACGAAGCUCAUCAAAAAAGCAGUCGUCAAGCACUUCGGUUGGGUCAUGUUAUCCCAUAGGUGGGGAACCAAGGAGCCGGGGCUGCACGACAUUCAGGGCAGGAACAUAUACGACUUGAAUCCGGUCGGAACUAUCGUGAAGUUGCAGAAUUUUUGCAGAGUCACUCGCAAUGAGGGGUAUCGCUGGGCGUGGGUCGAUACGUGCUGCAUCGACCAGAACAACCAUGUUGAGGUCCAGCAAUCCGUCAACUCCAUGUUCGUCUGGUAUCACUACUCAGCCCUCACCAUCGUUUACCUAUCGGAUGUCCCGCCCUCGUCAAAGUGGGGCACGCUCGCAAGCAGCAUUUGGAAUACGCGAGGAUGGACCGUUCAGGAGUUCCUCGCUCCUAAAAUUGUUCUUUUCUACCAAGCAGAUUGGAGCCUAUAUCUCGACGACUGCUCUCGUAACCACAAAGAGUCUGUCGCUAUCACACAGGAGUUGGAGAGUUCAACUGGCAUAAAUGCGCGGGCGCUCGUCGCCUUCCGCCCGGGAAUGAGAGAUGCCCGAGAGAAACUUCGAUGGGCAUCAACGCGUGUCACCACGUUGCAGGAAGACAUCGCAUAUUCGCUAUUUGGGAUCUUCGGCGUCCACCUCCCUGUAAUCUACGGAGAAAAAAGACAGAAUGCGCUCGGACGACUCUUACAGGAGAUCAUAGCUCAUUCGGGCGACAUCACAGCUCUUGAUUGGAAGUCAGGCGGAGUCCUGGUGGAGACGGGGAUAAAUGUUUUACACUAUGAAGUCAAGGCAGAUGGGCUGAAAGACCUGCUGGUCACAACGGAAGACAGCUGGUUCAAUUCUCACCUGCUAAGCGUACUCGGCAGACAUCCUUGCUCAUCCGUCCAUGGAAUCGACAAGACGCAGAGUGCAGAAGAUUGGCGCGAGCCUGGGUCUCCGUCAGAUGAUACGUUCGUCGGCUAUCCUGGAUACAGCGAGCAGGCUACACGAGAAUUGAGAUUGAUCGUUCGCCUCGGACGGCCUUUUGGCGCACUUUUGCUUGCGCAGCAGUGGGGUGGGGAGUAUAAGAGAAUCGCUACGGAUAACAAUAUCAUCGCACAAGUCAGGAAUAUGGCUUCUGUCGAUGACAUGAUGGACGUCAGGACGGUGGAAAUAUUGUAGCUGCGAAAAACGGGACAUUUUCAUUUCAUACUUUGACAACACCUCCACCUGAAUAAUAUCCCUAGGACUUUGUAUCGCAUCAUAUAUAGUGGCAGGUUACUGUGUACACGUCACAAUGCAAUGAAGAGAGAUGUAAAGCCGAGAGAGCUCUGUCUAUACUAGAGUCGAAUUAUACGGCAGCCCCUUC